UUCCUGAACUCAAUCCAUGUCAGGUAACUUCUUACAUGUAUCUGACCAAACUUAAACAUGAUAACUUUUUCCACAUUCCUCUAACCCCAAAACAAGCAUAAAACCAACUCCACUUUCUAAUUUAGGAGAUGCAUGGAUGAGAGGAUCUCUACCCUAUGCUUCCCAUCUUAGUACUUCAUGCUCAUCUUCUUGCUCUUUUUUUAAUAUUGAAAUCUGGUCUCUGAUAAAGUACAGCUAAUUGUUCUCAUGAUUUCGAAUCAGUAUUUAUUUAAACAAAUUGGAUGUCAUUCCUAUCUUUGUUCUUACAGCAAGAUGCAUUUUUAUUUUCUUUUAUUGCAUGCUCUUAUUUUCUGCUUGUGUGGUUGUCAUGAAAAGCGGGAUGCUGCCACUGCUCCAAAUGUUGGGGAUCGUGUUCUGUAUGUUAUUAUUAAAGCUGCAAAAGGUGCCAAGGCUUAUGAAAGGUCGGAGGAUCCUAUCUUCGUGCUAGAGAAUAACAUUCCAAUUGAUUCCCAUUACUAUCUCGAAAAUCAAAUUAGCAAGCCGCUUUUGAGAAUAUUUGAUCCCAUUCUGAAGAAUGCGGAAAAGGAACUUCUCCAUGGCAGCCACACAAGAUCAGUUUCCAUUUCAAUUCCUUCAAACAGCGGUAUCAUGAAAUUUGCUAAGAAACAACUUUGUUGCAUUGGCUGCAAAGCUCUAAUCAGCCUUGCCAUCAAUGAUGAUAUUGCUGAAAAUGCCAAUGAAUACUCGUAUGUUAAUGAAUUAGAGCACAUCAUAAACGGUGGAGCAAAUGAGGCUUUCAUCGAUCACAUGACGGUGGCCAUAGGGCAACUACGUGUUCCUGGCGGUGAUUCGCCUUUAGCAAUUGUUGGGAGUAGUAAUUGCCUUGAUCACAGGAUGGUGCCGGCAGGAAAUCUUAACGGGUCAUUCUUGAGGAAGGGGGAUCCAGCGACGAGGAGGUUGAUGACAUAA